GGUCCUGUGCGAAGUACAAGCCGCUUUGGUUGAACGUGCCGUGCCCUUAGGUGCUGACGUCAAAAGGGACGUAAUGGCGGAUGAAUUUCGCAAGACAGCAUCUUCCGCUACCUUCCGUAAUUUGCGCGAUUUUUUUAUAUUACGGGACUACAUUAAUUGUCUCGAAUACGUCAAUCAAAUAUGCGAAUACCUUCGAACUACUUUACCACCAUCAUGAGGACGGCAAGGCGGAAGCCGAAGAAGGGAUACGAGGCGACGACUCGCCCAUUCGAAAAAACUCACUGACUUUAUCUCGCAAAGAUAUUCCCUUAAUCAGACUCUUCAUUAUUAAACAAAAAAAAAACAAA